CGCCCGAGCAGUGGGGAAGCCACCAGUGGAGGAGCUGGCAAAGACGGAAAGGAGGGAAAGAUAGACAGAAGAGAAAGACAGAAGACAGCGAGACAGAUACGAGGCAGAUACAACCCCCGAAAGAGAGCGUCUCACCUCGGCUGACCGUCUGCGAGGCGACGUUGCGAAACGUCACUUGACAGCCGCAGAAUAACUGAAGAGGAGAUGUGACUGGCCUUUUUCUUUUUCUUACACAUAGCUUAUUUCACAACCGAGGGCAGUAACGUAAACACAGACGCAGUGAUCCCUUUAUCCCGAGCCUUGUGGAUUUACUCGCUGCCUUUAUCCAAAGGGAUGCUCUAUUGAUUCCUGCUUUCCAACAAAGCCCAUUGAUUACAGUGAGGGUGUUGGAAUAGCCUUGAUCACAGCAAUGUCAACACUGCGUCGGAAUUUUUCAAGUCAAGAAGGACUACAGUAGAGGAGUGACGGGAGUUUGUGUUUUCAGCUGUUACGUUUAGUAUUUCAGAUUUCUUUUGCCACAUCCAUAUUAGAUUUCUUACGGAGGUUUUUGUGUCAUUUUGAGCAUGUCUUUUUGAUUUGCUUGAUUCAUUCAUUUGAACAAGACUCUUUCAUCUCUACGGUAUACACAACACAUUAUUUUACCAUGUACGGCAGCUCCCGUUCCGUCUCAAAGCUGGAUGUUGUUGGAUCCAAUGGUAACGGGUCAGUGUCUGGGAGCCCCGGUCGCUCCCCACGACUCCCUCGCUCCCCACGCCUUGGACACCGGCGAAACAGCAGCAGCAGCUCCAGCGGACUAACUGGCUCCUGUAAAACCCUGUCCAUGGAGAACAUUCAGUCUCUAAAUGCUGCCUACGCUACAGGCGGUCCUAUGUACUUCACUGACACAGUUGAAGACCCGAUCGGCAUUGGAAGCCUGGGCAGUGGGCUGAACCCCUCUCUACCAAAAAGCACCAUGACCCUGGGCAGGGCAGGGGCCAGGAUCCCCUAUGGGAUACGGGCGGCCAUCAUGGGCAGCAGUCCUAAUAUUAACACUGGAGGAUGUGGUAUGAUGCCCAGUGAUGCGAUAGCAUUUGGGGGGGAUAUGCAAAACCAGCCACAGGCAGCUACUGUGCCUCACUCCAUGAGACAGGUGAGAGACGGUGCAAUGUCAGACCUACAGACACAGUUAAGAGAAGUGCUGAGAGAGAACGAACUACUGGGCAGAGAACUGGAGGCUAAAGAGUCCAAGUUGAGCUCCUCUAUGAACUCCAUCAAGACGUUUUGGAGUCCAGAGCUGAAGAAAGAGAGGGCGCUGAGGAAGGACGAAGCCACAAAGAUGUCCUUGUGGAAGGAACAGUACAGAGUGGUGCAGGAGGAAACGCAGCAUUUUCAGUGCACCAUCCAGGCUUUACAAGAUGAGCUCAGAAUCCAGCGAGACCUCAACCAGCUCUUCCAGUCCGACUACUCCGAGUCCGGUCACCUCGGACACCAGCCAAUCCCACCUCAGGAAAUGACAGAGGAGAACUUCCUGCAUCUCCACGGCGAGUACGAGCGUCAUGUCAAAGAGCUCUUCCUCCUGAGGAAGACUGUGGAAGAAAUGGAGCUGAGGAUAGAUACACAGAAACACACGCUAACUGCCAGGGAUGAAUCCAUAAAGAAGUUACUGGAAAUGUUGCAGAGCAAAGGCCUGUCGUCACGGGCAACCGAGGAGGACCAUGAACGGACGAGGCGACUGGCCGACGCUGAGAUGACCAUCCACCAACUGGAGGGCCUACUGGAGCAAAAAGACAAGGAGAUGCUACAACUCAGAGAGGAGCUGCACAGGAGAUACGAAGCAGCUCCAGAAUCAACAAAGACCAAGGCCCUGCAGACGGUCAUCGAAAUGAAGGAUGCAAAGAUCAGCUCAAUGGAGCGCGGCAUGAGAGAGCUGGAGGAGGAGGUGAACAUGCUCAAGUCCAACGGAGCUCUGAGCAGCGAGGAGAGGGAGGAGGAGAUCAAGCAGAUGGAGGUCUACAGAUCCCACUCCAAGUUCAUGAAGAACAAGAUGGAACAAGCAAAGCAGGAUCUGGGUCGUAAGGACAGCGAGCUGUUGGCUUUCAGGACCAAACUGGAAACUCUGAACAAUCAGUUUUCUGACAGUAAACAACACGUGGAUGUACUCAAGGAGUCACUCACUGCCAAGGAACAGAGAGCGGCUAUACUGCAGACUGAGGUGGAUGCGCUGCGUCUCCGUCUAGAGGAAAAGGAAUCUCUCCUCGCUAAAAAGAGUCAACAGAUAUCAGAGCUGACAGAGGAGAAAAGCACUCAGCAGGGAGAGAUCAGCGACCUCAAAGACAUGCUGGACGUCAAGGAGCGCAAAGUUAACGUGCUGCAGAAGAAGAUAGAGAACCUCCAGGAUCAGCUGAGGGAUAAGGAGAAGCAGCUCGGCGGUCUGAAAGACAGAGUCAAGUCUUUACAGACAGACACCUCGAACACUGACACAGCACUGGGAACACUGGAGGAAGCUCUGGCUGAGAAGGAGCGAAUCAUCGAGCGGUUGAAGGAGCAUCGGGAGAGGGAGGAAAGAGAGAAGGGGGACGAGGUGGAGUCGAGCAAGAAGGAGCUGAAGGAGUUGAGGGAGAAAGUCUCCCAUCUGCAGACUGACCUGGCUGACCGCGAGACCUCAGUGUUGGAUCUGAAGGAGAAGGCUUCCUCUCUGGCUUCCUCCGCCCUGAAGAAGGACAACAGGCUGAAGAGUAUGGAGAUCAGCCUGGAGCAGAAGAGAGAGGAGUGUGUCAAACUAGAGAACCAACUCAAGAAGGCUCACAAUUCAGCGUCAGAUUCCCAGGCCAGCAUCGAACUCUCUGAUCAAAUCUCCUGCCUGGAGCAGGAAGUGACCCGGCACAAAGAGGAUGCUGGGAAGGCCCAGUCUGAGGUGGAGCGACUUCUGGAGAUCCUGAGGGAGAUGGAGAAUGAAAAGAACGACAAGGAGAAGAAGAUCAACGAACUUGAGAGAAAUCCCUCUGCCUCUCAUCUGUGGCGUCCUCAGCCGUCGCGAAAACAGGCCUCUCCCCCUGCUGCCUCUCAGCAGCCAAUGGGGGGGCUGGUGUGGGACUACCUGGGCACUCUUGCCUCAAGGCAGAUGAAGGACCAGUCGAAGAAGGUGGCCAACUUUAAACACAAGGAGCAGCUGGAGAAGAGCAGGAACGCCCAGCUGAUGGAUGAUGCCAGGAAGAGGGAGGACAAUCUGAACGAAUGCUCCCUGCAGAUUAAGGACUCCCUCCGUCAGAAGGAGGAGCGCAUUGAGGAGCUGGAGGAGGCGCUGAGGGAAAGCGUUCAGAUCACAGCGGAGAGAGAGGUGGUGCUUGCCCAGGAGGAGCAGGGACGCACACACUCCGAGAAACAGGUGGAGGACCUGCUGGUUGCCAUGGAGAGGGUGAAACAGGAACUGGAUGUGAUGAAAGCCAAGCUGUCAUCAACUCAGCUCUCACUGGCCGAGAAGGAAGGUCACCUGACCGCCCUGAGGGCCGAGCGGCGGAAGCACCUGGAGGAGGUCCUGGAGAUGAAACAAGAGGCGCUGCUGGCAGCCAUCAGUGAGAAAGACGCCAACAUUGCCCUGCUAGAGCUCUCCUCAUCCAAGAAGAAGAAAACCCAGGAUGAGGUGGCAGCUCUGAAGAGGGAGAAGGAUGGUCUGGUUCAUCAGCUCAAACAGCAGACUCAAAACCGGAUGAAGCUAAUGGCGGACAAUUAUGAGGAUGAUCACCUGAAGGUCUCCUCUCCAAACUCGGAGCAGCCCAACAAUCACAAGCCCUCUCCAGAUCAGAAUCUCUCUCCUCUCCUGGAUCUCAAUCAGAAUCGCAGCAAACUGAAGCUGUACAUCAGUCACCUGACCGCACUGUGUCAGGAGCGAGACCCAAUCAUACUGCAGGACUUUGCCCCGCCCCCCGCCUAUCACCGCUCUGACUCCGCCUCCUGGCAUACGCAGCUGCGAAGCAUGACACAGGAACAGUUGGAGGCGGAGUUAGCGCUGAGUGAGAGGGAGGGGGCGGAGCUCCAGGAAUACGCCAAUCAGGUCCUGCAGCAGAUAGCCGAACGAUGCCCCGACAUUUUGGAACAAGUGGUCAACGCUCUGGAGGACAGCUGCUGACACACAAAUGCACACACACACACACACACACACACACACACACACACACACACACACUGACACAUCAAUCAGCUUACGUACGUACAUUAGUUAGCACGCAAAGUCAGAAAGCAAGCAAACAUACACAGGGCCAUCAAGUCUCCAGCAAGCCCCCAUAAUACACAAAUAAAAAAAUCCCAGGAAGAAGACUUUCUCUUCCACCUGCACUUCAUCCCAUUUUAAAAGACAUAAAAAGGGAUCCACACAAAAAAAAAGACGAAACAAAGUGUCACAUCAGUACUGAAAAAUAUUCUUCCACUGUGUCUUGAGUCGCUAUCAUUUUAAACAAACAGUGCCAACUGAGGGAAAUAUUGUUCCUUAUUCAGUACAUAGUGCUGUGUUGGCAUGCAAGUUAAUUGCAAAUAGUUGAUGUUUUUGAGACAUUGUACACGUAUUUUCCUAACUACUCUAAAACAGAAGGAGCCUUCACUGCACUCGCCACCUGAGACACUUCACAGCGGCCAUCUUGUGUCCUUCCAGGCAAUCAGCAGACUUGUAAUCGUGACUUGAUGUAUUUUAAGCGGGGGAAAUAUUUUCAAAGGGGUGAAAGUGAGUUGAGCUUGCCAGGUUGUUUUCUGAUGCCAGACUUACACGCUGUUACCACAUUGUUAUUUGAUUGGUUCAGAUACAUAACGUGUGUUUAUUUCAGCUGCCUUUGAUUCUUUACAUCAUUUGCUGCUAUCUUAUAAACCUUUCUAUUUUUUUCCACUUCUUUUCUUUCCUUCCGAUGAAACGUCCAAACUUGCAGUUCCUUUCAGCAGUGAUCUCUUGAUAGUUGUGUAUAUUGUAAAGAGAGAAUUUUAAUUAACAGAAACUCAGCUUUCAUCAGGGGAACAUGACACUUUCAUCCCCCCCCACCCCCCCACCCCAUUAUUGAUGAAAGGCACAAACUAUAAUAUAUCUCGCAAUACUCCCUUUAUUAAAACACACCCGUGUAGAUGUUUGUGUUUCUUUUUAACCUAAGAAAACAUGUUCAGUGAUGGUGUCCAUGCUGAAAUUAGGUUCUGUUCAGACAAUCCCUCACUUACCAUUUUGUGACAAUCCCUUUAGAGUUAACGUGGAGAAAUCUGAACUCGAUUUCCCUUAUCGAAACUUAUGUUUUUUCUUGGGAGUUAUAGAAUAUAAAAUAAUUGCUACGUAUUUUUGCUUUUGGUAAUAUAUAUAUAAAACACUAAUCUUGUUUAAUUGAAAAAUAUUGUCAUGUAUUGGUUGGUAUGUUACAUAAUGUGUCAAAACUUUUUUUUUUGUGUGUGUGUGUGAUUUGCAAGGUAACCACAGAUUUGUUCCGAAAGCAGGAGUCUGUUAUCGGGAACGUAUAUUGCACCAACAUGAGGCUCUGUGUCCACCGGGAACAUUUUCUCAAAAUCAGUUUCUUGUUCUUGUUGUUUACAGUGGAAAUGACACUCUGAUGCAUGUUUCCCACAGCGCUGACAGCCUUAGCAUGAUUUUAAACGCUAACAGCACCGAGCAGCCUUGUCCGGCCACAUGCAACUGUUUAGCGCUGCUCCCUUAAAGGAAAUACCUGGUGGAGACGAAGCCUAAUGAUGGGGAUUUACACCGCAUACUCAAAUCUGAUUUUACACCAUCAUACGGCUUAUUGAAGAAGCCAAAAAAAAAGUUUCAGCACCUAAGCUGUGUAUUCAAAAACGUGGGUGUAAAUGAGGAGUUUCAUUCCAAAAUAUUACAUGUUACAUGUUUUAUGAGGAGAUUUGGUGCAGGUUCCUUUAAACGUUACCCGUUUGAAAUUGCUAUAAUCUUCAGAGUUUGUGUGACAAAACUCUUUUUUUUUGAAUGAAACUCCAUCAGAUAUAAGCUUCUGUUGUAAAUCCAGUAUUUUGUUGUCUGUUUUACACUGAUAAUGUUUUGCAGCGGUGAUGACUGGGACUCACCGUGACUUUGUUGUGGAUUGCAAAUGAAAGAAUGGAAUAAAAAAAAAAAAAAAAAAGGAUUUAUCUUUAUUUUAUUGUGAAAGGAUUCUGUCUGUCAUUUCCUCUAUCUCAGUAAAAAUGUUUGAAAGAUCAGAGCUGUGGCGGUGGAUUCUAACCUUUUUGACUUGGGACCCCUCAUCACAUCUAAGUAUUUUAAACGACGGGUGAUUUCUUUCUCAUAUUGUUUCUUUUAAAGGAUUUUUAUAGGCUGAAAGAGGUGAAAGUAUCUAGCAUUUCACGAGAAGACAGAAAGGAAGUCCAUAAAAAAAAAUCCCUUAAAUUGUCUGCUGACCCCUGCGAUUAAUGCUCACUCACAAACACCUUCAAACGGAGGUGAGUGUUACUUCGAUAUGUGAGAGAGGACACACUGAUUUGUGUUUUCUGUCUUUUUGUAGAUGACUUGAGUGCAAAUAAUAAAGACAGAGCUUAGAA